ACCUUGCUUGUACACUCUCUGCAUAGCCGUGAUGGGCAUGAGUAUCUUCCUGUUGGCGGUGGGCGUGCUGUGGGCGGCAAGAUGGGUGGACGCUCAUGGGCGAUUGAUGGAGCCAGUGUCCAGGUCAUCAGCUUGGAGGAAAGGCUUCAACACUCCCGUCAACUACGAUGACAACGAACUCUUCUGUGGAGGUUUUGGAGUACAAUACCUACAGAACGAUGGUCAGUGUGGAGUGUGUGGUGACAACUGGGCUGACCCACAACCCAGGGAUAACGAGGCUGGUGGCACCUAUGGUACUGGCACAAUAGUGGCUAACUACACAAUGGGACAGGAGGUCACAGUGGAGGUGGAUCUCACCAAGAACCACCUGGGUCACUUUGAGUUCCGCCUCUGUGUCAAUAACAACAUCACCAAGAUCAUCACUCAGGAUUGCCUGGACCAGCACCUGCUCCAGCUGGCUGAUGGAACUGGCACUAAGCAAUACAUCUAUGCUGAGGAUCCUGAGUGGCACUACACCACUGUUAGACUACCAGAUGAUGUAGUGUGCAGUCAGUGUGUUCUGCAGUGGCACUACCACACUGCAAACAGUUGGGGCACUUGUGACAAUGGCACUGAAGCUCUGGGAUGUGGCAACCAGGAGAUCUUCAGAGGCUGUGCUGAUGUCAGUAUUUAUUAAGUGACGUCUCGUUGACAUUUCUUGAUGCCUGCCACAGCUACGUCUACUGUUUUCAAGAUAUCUUCAAGACAUCAUGAUGCAGAUUAGCUUCCCUUAAGACACUUUCACAGGUAUUAAGUAAUUUAUGUUCGUCUUCACCUAGAUGGAGUUUCCUGAAGACAUCUUCAAUUAGUUGGAGUUCACACAAGAUAUUUUCACUUAGUUGGAGUUCACCCAAGACAUCUUCAGUUAGUUGGAGUUCACCCAAGACAUCUUCACUUAGUUGGAGUUCACCCAAGACAUCUUCACUUAGUUGGAGUUCACCCAAGACAUCUUCACCUAGAUGGAGUCUUCUAAUUAUCAAGUAGGAUAACUAGAAGAGCUACUAUUGUAUAUCUAUGCUUCAUAAUAAAGUUAUUUGAAAUUAUUAAACAUAAACAAAGAAUAUUGUUGAUGGUAUCUCCUCCAAUCACAGUGCAGCUGACCCCUUAACUAUACUGAUAACAACCAAUCAGCGAGAUGCUGGAGCUUGCAUGCGCCCUAUUGGCUGAGGAGGCUCUGAAUACUCAGCCAAUCACAUAUGUCCACUCAGCUGUCGUUCGGG